GUAAUGUUAUUCAUGCAAAUCUUAUAAGAAAAUGAAGGACUCAAUUUCUGAAUUAUUGGCCGAUUAAUUCCGGGUUUUGUGAGCAGGGAGGGGAGAGAGCGCCGCCGAUGCCGGGUUCGUUGUCCGCUUCCUCCGCCGCCGCAAUGGAGCCUGUCGAGCCACAGUCCCUGAAGAAGCUGAGCCUCAAGUCCCUGAAGCGCGCCCUUGAUCUCUUCUCCCCGAUCCACGGCCAUUGCACGCCUUCUGAUCCCGCAAGCAAGCAGAUUCGAAUUAGCUAUAAGCUGAAUGCAGAGUAUGGUUCGGUGAAGGAUCUUUCCUCUGAUAAAGGCCAAGGUCAGGUUGGCAAUGAUGCAAAGGCUCAAAGGGAUAAAACACCGAUCUCUUCAGCUUUGGCUCUUCCAGGUAAAGAUGAUAUUAGAGAGCUUCCACAGGGUGAAAAUGCUAUUGUGCUCGGGCCAACAAUGCCACCGAAAACAUUGGAGACAGGUAUUCCUAGUAGAAGCAUCACUGGUGCUGUGGUGUCAAUUUCCGGUUCUUCUGACAGGCAUCCGUCAACAUCGGCGCUUAUGGAACGAAUUCCAAGCAAAUGGCCCCGUCCUGCUUGGCAUCCUCCAUGGAAGAACUAUCGAGUCAUCAGUGGUCACUUGGGAUGGGUGAGAUCCAUCGCCUUCGAUCCAAGCAAUUUAUGGUUUUGUACCGGUUCCGCAGAUCGGACGAUAAAGAUAUGGGAUGUUGCAACUGGAAGACUGAAGCUCACGUUGACCGGACAUAUCGAGCAAAUUCGCGGACUUGCCGUGAGCCAACGCCAUACUUAUCUGUUCUCUGCUGGUGAUGACAAACAAGUCAAAUGUUGGGACCUUGAACAGAACAAGGUAAUUCGCUCGUACCAUGGACAUCUCAGUGGUGUGUAUUGCUUAGCACUUCAUCCGUCAAUUGAUAUAUUGUUAACCGGAGGCCGCGAUUCCGUUUGUCGGGUUUGGGAUAUCCGUACGAAGGCAAUGGUUUGUGCUCUAUCGGGGCAUGAUAACACUGUUUGCUCGGUUUUUGCUCGACCUACGGAUCCACAAGUUGUAACUGGCUCUCAUGACACAACUAUCAGGUUUUGGGAUCUUGUGGCUGGGAAGACAAUGUUGACACUAACUCACCAUAAGAAAUCGGUUCGCGCGCUAGCCUUGCAUCCAAAAGAGCAUACUUUUGUAUCAGGAUCAGCAGACAAUAUUAAGAAGUUUAGUCUACCAAAGGGUGAAUUUUUGCACAAUAUGCUGUCACAGCAAAAGUCGAUCGUAAAUGCUGUGGCAGUAAAUGAAGACGGCAUUCUUGCCACCGCAGGCGACAACGGGAGCCUCUGGUUCUGGGACUGGAAGAGCAGCGGCCACUGUUUCCAGCAAGCACAGGCAAUUGUUCAGCCUGGAUCGCUUGAUAGUGAAGCAUGCAUAUAUGCUCUUUCAUAUGAUAUGAGUGGUACAAGACUUGUUACCUGUGAAGCUGACAAAACUAUUAAGAUGUGGAAGGAAGAUGAGAUGGCCACGCCUGAAACUCAUCCUCUUAAUUUCAGGCCGCCCAAGGAGUUCAGGAGAUACUAAGAACAAAAAUAUGUUAAUGUUGAGGGGGCAAAAUGUGAGACCUAAAGUUUUCUGAAUAGUGAACUUGUUUUUGCUGUUAAUGUAAAAAAUGAUUUUGAUUUAUAAAUGCACUUGUAUUAAUUUGC